AUGAAGCUCCUAGCGAGACAAGUCGUGUGGUGGCCAGGAAUUGAUUCAGAUAUUACAGGAAAAGUGCAAACCUGUGAGAAGUGUCAAAUGAAUCAAAAGUCACCUGCUGAAGCUCCACUGCACCCCUGGGAAUGGCCUAAAAGACCGUGGUCAAGGAUACACAUCGAUCAUUUGGGACCAGUGGAAGGAAAGAUGGUCCUUGUUGUGGUAGAUGCACAUUCUAAAUGGAUAGAAGCAGUGACAGUAGCCUCUACAUCAUCAGCAGCAACCAUUCGAGUUUUAAGAAACCUGAUGGCGACUCAUGGUCUCCCAGAAUUGAUAUUUUCGGAUAACGGUACAUCGUUCACAAGCGAGGAAUUCCAAACAUUUGCAAAAAGCAAUGGAAUAAGACACCGUACCACUGCCCCGUAUCACCCUGCAACGAAUGGCUUGGCGGAAAGAGCAGUACAAGUGAUAAAGAACGGGCUGAGAAAGAACUCUAAAGGAGAUUUUGAUUUGCGAUUAGCAAGAAUACUGUUCAAGUAUCGAACGAUACCUCAUGCCACUACUGGAAGAACGCCAGCAGAACUACUUCUAGGAAGGAAACUGAGAACACAUUUGGAUUUGUUACAUCCUGAUCUAGCCAAACGAGUAGAAGAAAAACAGAACUCUCAGAAAGUGAACCACGACAAAACGCAGAGGGAACGCUUAUACCUAGAAGGCGAUCCAGUCUAUGCCAAGAAUUUUCGGCCAGGUGACAAAUGGUUGCCGGGAAAGAUUUCACAGGUUCUAGGAACCAGAACAUAUAUGGUGGAAUUGGAGACUGGACAAGUGGUGAAAAGACACAUCGACCAGUUGAGAAAUAGACAAGCGAUCAUAACUACAUCAGAGGAGGAUGACGAUUACAUAGUACCGGAAACGAAUAGCGACUCCCCUGAGCAAGCAGACCCAACUCCGGAAGAUAUGCCCGUGAGACGUUCAAAUAGAACAACACGACCUCCCGACCGAUAUGGCCAACAAUCUUAG